AUAACAGUGGAUGAGUGAUACGAAAGACACUAGCAUUGCUCUGCAUAACAUUGAUUCAAUAUGAAUACGUUCACUGUAGCAGCCGUGACUUUUCUGAUCUGCAUGGCACUGCUGUCCACAUCAGAAGGUAGACCACCACUUCGAUGCCAGUGUGUUGGAUCAUAUUUAGGAAAACCCAUUUCUAUCGACAAAGUAGAUUCAAUAAAGACAUUUGCUGCUGGUCCGCAUUGCAAAUAUGUGGAGAUCAUAGCCAUAGUGAAGCAUAAAAAUAACAAAAGCUCAAAAACCUGUCUGAAUCCCAGUCAUGCCUGGGUGAAAUCUCUUAUUGAAGAAUGGAACAAGAAAUCAAACAGUAUCAAAAGGCAGCAAGAAUCGAAAAACAUCUUAGUUGCUCACUAAAGAACACAAAGACGACUCUGACUAUAUAAGACCGCAGCUGAUGUUUGUUUGAAGGAAUUUAUUAAAUGUAUUUGACACCCUAACAGUACAAAUGUUUAGGGUCACUUAUUCAUCCCUCUUAUUCAUCAAAAUUAUAAAACAACAAAUGCGAUUAUGGGAAUUAUGUUGACAAAAAUAUAUAAUGAAUUAAAACGUAUAUUUAACAUCGUCAGUGUAGUCACCCUGAGAUGCUUCUUAAGCACUAGCGAAGGAGUUCACAUCUAUUAUGGGCUCUUUUGGGCAGUUUUUCUCGAUCGGAAUGUUUUAUAGGAUCAUGAAAAAUAUUUAUGUCAACUGACCCUAAACAUUUGAACGGUGUGAUCAAGUUUGUUUUUUAUUUAUUUAUUUGUAAUGAUGGAUGAUAACUAACAUAAAAUAUUAAAUAUAAUAUUAUUUUUCUACCAAAUGUUCAACAAAAUAAAAUGUGAUUUUUAUGAAUGAA